CUCCUGCUCGGGGAUCGUGGGGCGCCCGCCUUAAAAGACCUUGGUAAUCAAAAAAUAUGAGUAAACAACAUAGUAAUAUUUUGUUAACCAAAUAUUCAAAUUCAUCAGCCGGCGUGACAAAAAUUCUACACUUGCGCAAAUAUUUUCAUGCUUGUGGCGGGCGUUUUACGAGCUAUAUAUACUUCACUCCCUUGUGCUUAUUUCCCUAUCCUUCCUCACACUUAUAUCAACAAGGGGAGGAACAAAAGAGUACUAGGAGGAGAAGCCCCAACCACAAGCACAUUCUCUCUGAAAAUAUUUUGGAUUAACAGAUGGGUGCAGGAGGCCGAAUGUCGGAUCCCCCGGGUGGGAAGAAGACUGCAGCAGGAGCGCUUAAACGCGCUCCUCAUGAGAAACCUCCAUUCACAAUAGGAGACCUCAAGAAAGCCAUUCCAGCACAUUGCUUCGAGAAGUCUCUUGUCACUUCUUUCCGGUACCUCAUCCAGGAUCUCCUCAUGGCUUAUGCUCUCUACUAUGUGGCCACCAACUACAUAGACCAGUAUCUCCCGAGCCCCGUCAACUACUUGGCUUGGGCCGCGUACAUUGCGGUCCAGGGCUGCGUCCUCACGGGCGCUUGGGUCGUCGGUCACGAGUGCGACCACGACGCCUUCAGCAACUACAACUGGAUCAACGACCUCGUCGGCCUCGUCGUCCAUUCGUCUCUUCUCGUCCCUUACUUCUCCUGGAAAAUCAGCCACCGUCGCCACCACGCCAACACCCAAUCCCUCGAAAACGACGAGGUCUACGUCCCCAGAUUCAAGUCCAACAUCCGAAACUACUACAAAUUACUCAACAACCCACCCGGCCGAGUCCUCGUCUGGCUCACCACACUCCUCAUCGGCUUCCCAUUGUACCUCAUGUUCAACGUCUCGGGGCACAAGUACGAGAGGUGGACUUCGCACUACGAUCCCCACAGCCCGCUCUACUCGGACCGUGAGCGCAAGGAAAUCAUCAUCUCCGACAUCGCAAUUCUCGCUGUCAUCUACGGACUCUACAAACUCGUCCUCGCCAAAGGCUUCGCAUGGGUUUUCUUUGUCUACGGAGGUCCAUUGCUCGUCGUCAACGGCUGGUUCGUCUUAAUCACUAUACUAAACCACACUCACCCUUCGUUGCCUUACUACGACUCCACCGAAUGGGACUGGCUACGAGGCGCUCUCUGCACCGUGGACCGGGACUACGGAAUCUUGAACAAGGUGUUCCACAACGUCUGCAACGCUCAUGUUUGUCACCACAUCUUUUCUAUGAUCCCGCAUUACCAUGGUCUCGAAGCGACCGAAGCAAUGAAGCCGAUACUGGGAGAGUAUUAUCAGUACGACGGGACCCCGAUCCUGAAAGCGAUGUACAGAGAAAUGAAGGAAUGCAUUUACGUGGAGAAGGAUGAAGGCGAGACGAAGGGAGUGUAUUGGUACCGGAGCCAGUUUUAAAGCAACAAUAAGGCAAGGAAUAAGUGAACAUUGUUGUUAGCUAUAUGGUUUAAGCAAAAUGCAUGGUUUGUAUGCCAAUAUAAGAACAGCUUUUGUUGUGUUUGUUUCUUAAUAAUUCGGCAUCUCUCAGAUUCAGGAACGUUAAGGUUGUAGCUGUGAAUAUGAUUGAAAUGUAUGCUUGCCGAUAUACUAGCUAAAUAAAAUCCAGACAUUAAGGUCA